AUGAUUGCUAGCUUGCGCAAAUCCCUGGCUGGUCCAGGAUAUGUGAUUUUGAAUGCUAUCCGCGUUUUCAACAUCGUGACCUUUCUCGAUCUCAUCGCGGCGUGUGUCGUCAUGCUGGUCAAGAUCGAUAUGCUGAACAGCUUCUUCUUCUUUGAGGCUGUCACUCAUGCCGUAGUUGCUGUGAUCAGCAUCUUCCUGAUCGUCUCCGAGCUCCCCGUUUUGCAAAACUACUUCGAUCGCCAUUGGCCCAUGUUCGGUCGAGAAUCAGGCUUCUACUCUCUCGCCGGGAUCAUGAUGAUUCUAGGUGUCUCGACUCUCGGCAACUUGAACACUCCAGCCAUGGCCCAGGAGAAACUCGGAAUGGUCUUCUGGCGCAUCAUCGCCUCGGCAGGGAUCCUGGCCAUGGUGAUCAGCAUUUUGAACGUCCUGGCAAGCUUCAUCUUCACCGACUCUGAAACCGGCGUCAGCGCCCGUCAAGUCCGUGUCGACGGCGCCGUUGCCCCUCAAAAGGCAAUGAGCAGAAGCAGCAGCCACCGCACUCUUCAUCUCAGUAUGAAGCACGAGGAGACUUUGCCAACCUACGAACGCCAGAACCCCGUGAAGCGUGCCACCAAGCGUUUGACGGGUCGGUUCCCGUUGAAGAUCUCCAAGCCCAUGAACCCGACUCUGGUUGCUGAGAAUGAUGCGGCUUCCUCCAAGUAUUCUCGGGAUUCUUGCGAUAUCCGCCCUCCUGACCUGGCGCACCACCCUGCCAUGUACACUGGACAGUAUGUUUGA